UCAACCGACGCGGGCGCCUUGUUUCAGUUAACCGACCCAAACAAACCGAGUGAUUAACUGCGACGCAGGCAGGCGACGUCUAUUCGUUCUCUUGUGCGUUUUUAAAACGUUUAUUUGGUCUUAAACGAUGGAUUUAGACUCUCUUAAGUAUGCCGACCUGCGGCAGCUCGCCAAGAGUGUCGGUUUGAAAGCCAACAUGAAGGCUGAGAAGUUGCUGAAGGCACUGAAGGAGCACUUUGAACAACAAGGGAGCUCAGAGAAUGGAAAUAGUGUUGUCGCUGAUGUUGUGCAGACACCUGCAGGAGUGGAUGAGGCCAAGCCUUCACACGUGACCAAGCGGCGUGGGAAGGCUCAGGGCGCAAAGAGAAAGCAUUCUGACCAAGGGUGUACAGAUAAUGAUCCCAAACUGGGAGACAGCCCAGCUCAGGACAGUGCCAUGCCUGAUGAAGCACAGGAUGGCAGAAGGAGUUCGAAGAGGAGAAAGGUGUCCCCAGCCAAGGGCACGGAAACUCCAGCAUCAUCUGAGGAACCCAAAGGGAACCAGCCAGGGGCUCAACCUGAAUCUGAUGCCAGCACUGAGCAAAGUGCUAAAGGUGUGGGUAAGAAGACUGCUGGCAAAAUUCCUCGUCAUGAGGGUCUGCUGAAGAAGAAAGCACUCAGGCCCACCACUCCAGACUUUAAAAAACUCCAUGAGGCGCACUUCAACAAGAUGGAGUCUAUUGAUUCGUAUGUGCAGAGGAAGAACAAGCAGAUGGAAGCGUUCAGAAACACUGUUAAGGAGCUGAAGGCUCAGUCCGAAAACGUGAAGAAAUCCGGUGAUGCAAAGACUCGGGCUAAGCCGCUGGUAAGCCGAGCCUCGCUGUUCAGCCCAGGUGUGCAGGAAAGAAAGCCAUCUGCAGAGAAACACAGGUUCACCCAGAUACUUGCCAAGAAGUCUGCAGUGAAGGACAGUGCCCCCUUCAGGCCUACUGUCCUUUCAACUAACAAGAUCAAUGUGAGGUUUACGCAGGGGACGCAGGACAAUGAGCACAAGCGUUCUUUGGUGAAGACUCCAGCUCGGAUGUCACCCAUGAUUCCUCUCACUCCCACUCCUGGCAGGAAAUCUGAGGUCCUCACCAAACCGGAGACAAACAAAACACCAGGAUUGACUCCUUUUGUCUUCAGUGGUGCUUCGACCACUCCAGCGACCAACAAGAAGAAUACAUUUGAUUUGAAAGCCAGCCUCUCUCGGCCGCUCACUUACAAGCCUCACAAAGGAAAGCUGAAGCCUUUUGGUGCAACGCAAGAUGCAAAUGCAUCUCUGAACAAGUCCCAGACAGUUCCAUCUCACCAGAAGAACUACAAACAGCAAGUACAGACAAGAGAUGAGCGGCGCAUCAAGCACACGGAGGACAGGAAGCAGAAGAAGGAAAAGAUGCUUGGUGCCAGACGUGGCUUGGUUAUGGCUUAAUGCUUCAGUUUUUGGUAGUGUGCUUUUAGCUAUGUGUACAUUCUGAUUUUAGCUUGUCUGUCUGUUGUCAGUGUUUAAUACUCUUUUGUAUAAAUUGCUUCUCUUCAAAGGAAAAAAAUUACACCACCUUUUUUUCU